AUGGCACAGCCUAACGCCACCACCAUCGACCCAAACUCCGGUUUCUCCCCUCAUUCUAGAAUCUUCCAUAGCCUCCGUCCCAACGUCCCUCUCCCUCCACCUUCUCUCCCUCUCUCCCUCACCGAAUACGCACUCUCUCUCAUCCCUACCACCGCCCAUGAAAAAAACAUCGCCGCCGUCAUUGACUCCGCCACCGAUAACCACCUCUCUUACUCCACCUUCAUCCGCCAAAUCAAAUCCCUCGCCUCAUCUCUCCAAUCACACACCUCUCUCUCCAAAGGCCACGUCGCAUUAAUCCUCACUCCUACUUCCAUACACGUCCCCGUACUCUAUUUCUCCCUCCUCUCCCUCGGCGUCACCAUCGCGCCUGCUAACCCGCUCAGCUCCCAAUCUGAGUUAACUCACAUCGUUCAUCUCACAAAACCAGUCAUCGCAUUCGCAUCUUCCUCAACCGCUUCCAAAAUCCCCAACCUCCCUUUCGGCACAGUCAUACUCGAUUCUCCUUCGUUCCUUUCCAUGCUCGAUUCCAACUCCGAGCCUCAGCGAGUCGAAACGAGUCAAUCAGACACAGCUGCGAUUCUCUUCUCUUCAGGAACCACCGGACGAGUUAAAGGCGUGUUGUUAACUCACCGUAACUUCAUUGCAUUGGUCGGAGGGUUUUGUUUUCUGAAGCAUGUUUACGAUGACGGCCUUGAAAAUGAACCGCAUGCUGUGUCGCUGUUUCCGCUUCCGCUUUUUCACGUUUUUGGAUUUUUCAUGAUGGUGAGGGCUUUGGCUUUGGGGGAGACUCUGGUGUUCAUGGAGAGGUUUGAUUUUGAAGGAAUGUUGAAGAUUGUGGAGAAGUAUAGGGUUGUUUAUAUGCCGGUGUCGCCGCCGUUAGUUACGGCGUUUGCUAAGUCGGAUUUGGUGAAGAAAUAUGAUCUUAGUUCGAUUCGGCUGUUGGGGUGUGGUGGCGCGCCGCUUGGUAAGGAAGUUGCGGAGAGUUUCAAAUCAAAAUUCCCUAAUGUUGAUAUUGUUCAGGGCUAUGGUCUUACUGAAAGUGGAGGAGGGGUAGCGAGAAUGAUAGGUUUUGAUGAGGCUAAGCGCCAUGCUUCUGUGGGUCGACUAGCUGAAAAUAUGGAGGCUAAGAUAGUUGACCCUGUUACUGGAGAGGCAUUAUCUCCUGGCCAAAGAGGGGAGCUUUGGAUUCGAGGACCGACAAUCAUGAAAGGUUACGUAGAAGAUGACAAGGCGACUGUUGAGACAUUGGAUUCAGAGGGAUGGUUGAAAACUGGCGAUCUAUGUUAUUUUGACUCGGAUGGUUUUCUAUUCAUUGUAGAUAGAUUGAAGGAAUUGAUCAAAUACAAAGCUUAUCAGGUUCCCCCAGCUGAAUUAGAACACAUACUUCUUAGUAAUCCUGAAAUUGCAGAUGCCGCAGUAGUUCCGUAUCCUGAUGAAGAUGCUGGACAGAUUCCAAUGGCUUUUGUGGUAAGAAAGCCUGGAAGCAACAUCACUGAAGCUCAGAUCAUGGACUAUGUGGCAAAGCAGGUGGCACCAUACAAGAAGAUAAGACGUGUUUCUUUUAUUAACUCUAUACCAAAAUCUCCGGCAGGCAAAAUUUUAAGAAGAGAAUUAGUGGCUAUCGCUCUAAAUAGUGGUUCAUCCAAAUUGUGA